AUGAAAAGAGAGCCGGUGCCUUCAUGGCUAGAGCUACUGCUUGCAACACAGUUCUUUACCACUUGCGCAAGUCAUCCUCUCGCUACUCGCAAUGAAUGUAAUCUAUUUUGCAUUCAGUGUGAGGUGUCACCAGCUGCAUUUUGCUACUAUUGCCGUUCAUGUGAUCAUUCCACCCAUCGUGUAAUCCAGAUAAGGCGAUCAUCCUACCAUAAUGUUGUAAGGGUUUCUGAGAUUGAGGACAUUCUCGAUAUCAGUGAUGUGCAAACUUACAUAAUCAAUAGUGCAAGGGUUGUAUUCUUGAAUGAGCGGCCACAACAACGCGGAUGUGGUGUCUCUCUUUGUAAGGCACCUACAUUAUCAGCACAUAAUUGUGAGACAUGUGGUCGUGGUCUACUUGAUGCAUUCCACUUCUGCUCUCUUGGAUGCCAUCUGAGAAGCACAAAAAAGGAUAUGAAUAGGACAACCAUGGUUGAAAACAGUUCUCAAUGUAGCGAAAAGGAUGAUGUGACCAGAAGUGAUGAUGUUGAUUCAAGCACUGCUAAUGACAAAGAUAGUUGCAAUGACAAGAAUGACGAAGAACCACAACUGAAAAGGAUUGCUCGUCAUAGACGCAAGGGAAUUCCCCGACGUGCGCCAUUCUUCUAA